GUCAGCCGCGCCUACGGUGGAUCCCGCUGCUCACACUGCGUUCGCAACAGAAUUGUUCGCGCAUUCUUGAUUGAGGAGCAAAAGAUUGUCAAGAAGGUUCUCAAGUCUCAAGCCGAGAAGAAGUAGAUUUGAAUUUGGCUUCAAAUUACUGUAAUUCCUUUCGUCAUAUAUAAAAAAAAAGCCUGUCCCAAAAUUUGAACUGAAUAGUCUUGCUCUCCUGAGAUCUCUUUAUCUUUCCCCCCACUCACAUAAUGUCUGAGGGUCAUUCUCCUUCAGCGUGGAAAUUAGCUUUAUCUUUCACCUUUGCUCUCAUUGUUGCUAAUGUAUCGGGGGCUCAAUAUGUAUAUCCGUCCUUUGGAACAGCAUUAGCUGAGCGAUUCCACUGGUCAGCUCUUGAAAACAGCUUCGUAAGCACUGCCACAUUCCUAGGUGUCAGCUUCUCUGGUCCUCUAUGUGCAAAGCUAGUCGAGACAUUUGGCACUGGCAAUUCCUUGCGAAUCGCUGCCUGUUUCGGAUUCACUGGAUUCAUGUUGCUAGCACAAACCUAUGAAGGCAUCCUACCCCAUUAUUUCAUACUGUGUGUCUUUUAUUUACUCCUAGUAGGAGUGGGUGGAGCGACAGCUUAUCUGGUUGCUCUUGAUUCUCAGGUCCAUAAUUUUAGAGCACAUCGUGGUUUAACCAUGGGCAUGACCAGUGCAGCAGUUAGUCUAUGUGGUCUUGUGUUUUCACAGAUCAAUGACCAUUUCUACAAAGGCGAUGACGAUACUUAUGGUUUCCUUAUCUUCAUGGCUCUCGUUAUUUCAGUCGGACAGAUUGCUGGAUCUUUCACUGUCCGCUCAUUUAAACACGAUCACGAGGCUGUGACAACAUCUCAUCGCCGCCCCGCCGCUUCGGACGACGAGGAAACUCCCUUAUUGGUAGUGCCUAAAGACGAGGAACCCAAUGUCUCUGGCUGGCAGUUCUUUACAGAUCCUAUUGGAUUAUCUCUCUUUCUUGCUCUUUUCGUUCUACUGGGUGUCGGUUAUAUCUAUCUAGCAGAGAUAGGACAAAUUCUCGCCUCCUUACCCGAAGAAGAAGGUUCGACUGCCCAGCAUCUUCGAAACUAUAAUGUGUCGGUCUACAGCUUUUUCAAUUUCGCGUCACGCAUUGUCUUUGGCACCCUGUCCGAUUCACUCAAACUACGAUUUGGUAUUCAGCGCAUAUGGUUUAUGUUUGUAGCAUGCAUCGUAUUGGCAGCAACCCUAUUCUACGGAGUCUACUAUGUGAAUAGCCCUCACGACUUGCUUCCCUGCACCAUGUUAGUGGCGACUACGUAUGGUAUAGGAUUCGGUAUCGGUCCAGCUAUCACCAGCGAGUUUGGUGUUGAGGUGUUUGCACGAAAUUGGUGAGGCCUUUUUCUUUCUGACAUGUCACUGCAAUGCCCGUGUGCAGGAGUACGGACGGGCGGCAGUAAUUUGCUCAUAUAUGGGAAUAACGUAACUAAUG